GCGGUGGCUAAUUGCGUAAUCAGUUGCGAAAGCAUUGUGUCACACAGUUGCCAGCUAGCUGCUCCUGUUUGCUGUUUACCAAACUUUAUCCGCCCGGCUGGGUUUAAGAGUUCACUCACAUCGGAGGACGUGUUUAUCACAUACCCGGCGGGUGGCUUUGUCGUUUUGUCAGAGAAACCCGGUGAAGGUGUGAGAGCAGCGCAGUUAGCCGGGUAAGAGCGCAGGCUGUUGGAUGUGUUUGUGCGGUAUCACCGGGUUAGCUUGACAGCUAGCUGAGCAGAGAUAAACACGCCGGGCGGAGGAAUGAACCACAAGAGCAAAAAGAGGAUCAAAGAGGCGAAACGUAGCGCCAGACCCGAACUGAAGGACUCGCUGGACUGGAUAAAACACGGCUACUAUGAGUCCUUCGACCUGUCGCACCGUACUGUGAAGGACAAUGUGGAACGUGUGGACACCCUCCGUCUGACCACAGAGGAGUUCAUCGAGCGCUUCGAGCGGCCCUACAAGCCCGCCGUCCUCCUUAACUGUCAGGAGAACUGGCCGGCACGGGAAAAAUGGACGCUGGAGCGCUUAAAACGCAAAUACCGUAACCAGAAGUUCAAGUGUGGUGAGGAUAAUGAUGGUUACUCAGUGAAGAUGAAGAUGAAGUACUACGUGGAGUACCUGGAGUCCACCCGUGACGACAGCCCGCUCUAUAUCUUUGACAGCAGCUACGGUGAACAUGCGAAGCGGCGGAAGCUGCUGGAGGACUACGAUGUUCCCGUCUUCUUCAGGGACGACCUCUUCCAGUUUGCAGGAGAGAAGCGCAGGCCGCCCUACAGAUGGUUUGUGAUGGGCCCAGCCCGCUCCGGCACCGGCAUCCACAUCGACCCGCUGGGCACCAGCGCCUGGAACGCCCUGGUUCAGGGACACAAGCGAUGGUGUCUGUUCCCCACCAACACGCCGCGGGAGCUGAUCAAAGUGACGAGGGAGGACGGCGGCAACCAGCAGGAUGAGGCCAUCACCUGGUUCAGCGUGGUUUAUCCCCGGACGCAGCAGCCCACCUGGCCCGCAGAGUUCAGACCGCUGGAGAUCCUGCAGCGACCCGGGGAGACGGUGUUCGUGCCCGGCGGAUGGUGGCACGUGGUCCUCAACCUGGACACGACGAUCGCCGUCACUCAGAACUUUGCCAGCUCAGUUAAUUUCCCCAUCGUGUGGCACAAAACGGUUCGAGGACGUCCCAAACUCUCCAGGAAAUGGUACCGGAUCCUGAAGCAGGAGCGGCCUGACCUGGCGGCGCUGGCAGACAAAGUGGACCUGCAGGAGUCCACCGGCAUCGCAUCAGACAGCUCCAGUGACUCGUCAUCGUCCUCGUCCUCCAGCUCGUCCGACUCGGACUCUGACGCGGGGUCGGGCUCUGAGGGGGAUGCCAUGUCUCACCGAAGGAAGAAGAGACGCACCUGUGGCAUGGCGGCCAACGGAGACACGAGCAGCCAGGAUGACUGCGUCAGCAAGGAGAGGAGCUCGUCACGGUGACCUCCGCCCGGCGGCGGCGACUCUACAGCUCCAGCUGCUCCUUGUAUCGCUCAACUUGUGAAACCCUUAAGAGGAGGAGGAGGAGACCUGCCACCACUGUGCUUUUUCCUCUGUAGCUUCUGUAAGGAUGAGGACGUGAAGACGCGUUCAUGGAGCUGGACGGGUUUUGUGAGCUGCUUGGGGGGCGGGUGGGGGCGUGUUUAACUGUAAACGAACUGUCAGCACGUCCGUGCGUCACAUUUCGAGCAGGUUGCUGCAGCAGGGCAGGAUUUCACCGGCACUUCAGCUUUUCCACCAUUUCUCCAACUUUAAUGUAAACUGUCUACUUUUCAAACACUGGAAGCUUCUUCAGUUUCUCGCCGUCGACUCACUCGCUGCUCGUCUACGUGAAUCUGAGCUCUUCGGUGCUUUGGGCAGUGCACAUGGGGGCGAUCCCGCCUCACGAGCCGCUGUCUUUUAGGAACUCUAAUUCUCCCCCUGAAGGUUCCAGUGGAAUAUUUUUAUAACAGAACGUUUGUUUCUGAAAAUCCUGAUUGAUUCGAAUGCAGCGUGAAACAAACCGAUCUCGAUGUCCUUUUAUGAUAAAUGUAAUAAUCAGCUGCCUCUCCAGUGA